AUGGCUUUCCAAACCACACGGCCGUCUUCCACACUUCUAGUCCCCUCCAGACGGCCUCUUGCCGUCCCCAACAACCCCACCCUCUCCAACACGACCGCUACGGACCCGCCGAUACAUAUUCAUUUAACACCAAGUUCUAUGUCCACGUCGACAGUCGCGGAAUCCAAAUCCAAAUCCAAGUCUGUCUCUGAGAAUCAGCAUGUGGAGCUAAAGUCUCGGCCCACGACUGUCGAGUAUGAUUUCUCGUCUGGCCCGCAGCCGUUCUUGGAUCCGGGGUUGUGGGAGAACGUGAAGGCGGUGGAUCGGCUGCGGAAGGAGGGUGAAGGGGCCGGAGAGGGAGAUGUUUACGUUAAAGAGAAGGAGGAGGGCUUGCGGAGGAAGAGGGAGAGGGAGGCGGAGUUUGGUGAGAUGGCUGUUCGGGGGAGGAUGGGGAGGUGGAAGUGA